AUGCAACUCAAGCUUAAUCCGGCCCGCUGCUGUUCCUUGCAUAACCGUAUCCGGUCGUUUUCCGGUCCAAACUACUUGGAGAUGUUUGCAAACACAGGUUGCACAAUAACUGUGUAAACUUCACGGGGAGUAGGACCAAAAGGUCUCAAAGGCGCCUUUUUUCUGAACCUUUUUAGGAAAUUUUGACACCUUCUUAGGAACUCAAAAAGGAGCUUCAGGCCCUUUUUAAGGCCUUUUUGAGGUCUUUUGGACUUUUCCUGUGAGCAAGGAAAUUCAAUAAAUCGUGUUUUGCUUUUGAGAUUUUUUUUUUCUAGCGACCAUGAGAAACGGAUUUUUUUGAAUUCCAAGUCAAAAUACUUCCCAAAAGAACUUUUCUACAAGGGUGAGAAAACCAAGGCGAGUGACCACAAAGAUGGGAACCAACCAUUUUUUGCCUCAUUUUUUUCUGUUUCUCCUCAAACUUCUUCCUACAGAUCUUUUGAUGAUUCGAAAAGUAAGAAAAGACAUAGGCAAAGUCGGAAGGACCUUUCAAGAGUCAUAAAGGCUGCUGGAAGGAUCCAUAGAAAUAUUCCUUUGAGGGUGAAAAAGGCUCCCUUUUUGCUGCCUUUUUUCUGCUUUUUUGAUGCCUUUUCGCUGCCUUUCUGCGGCCUUUUUUGAGCCUCUCCCUUUUUGCGGCCAUUAUAUACCAGUCCAACUUUGCCCGAGUGACUUAAAAAGCAAGAAAGACGUUAGAUUUUACAAGUGAAUUUUUGAAAAAAAGACGACCUUUCUGAUUUCAAAUUCACUUUUCUUUGAACUAAAUGAGAAGUAGGAGAUUUUUUUUUUCAGAAAAAUGACCCUUUUUGAAUAUUCAAAAGUAAAAAACUUGAAAACAACCUUUUUUUUAAUCAAAAUUAUUCUCAAAAUGUAUAUGCCGUGUUCAAAGUAAUUUCCGCGAAAUGCAAAAUGAUCUCUGACUCUCCAAAAUUUAGUGAUCUUUUCCUUUCUCUAACGGGUAUUUUGAAUUUCGCGGAAAUUACUUUGAACACGGCAAUAGAAACUCUUCGUAUUUUUUUCUGACAGUCUCCUGGAAAAAAAUUACUUUUUUUUUAUUUUUCUAGAAAAUGUUUCCCAAAAGUUUUUUUCUCAACAUGUUUCAUACAGUCCCUACGGUUCUCAAGCUCCAUAAAUCGAAGAAAAAAUCUAUCGAGAUUUUACAAAAUGACCAGAAGACACAGACAAUCCUGAAUCGGAUACGGUUUAACAAUUAUCAAGAUUCCUUCUCAGACUACUAAAAUCCUCUGAAUGAUUUAUUUUUUGCUCUUCUUUUCCUCAAUCUUUUUUUCAUACAGUCCCUAUAUUUUUUUUCUUCCAUAAAUCAAGGAAAAAUUUAUAGUAAGAAAUGGCGAAAUGACUGGCAGAAGAAGACAAACUUUUUGUAUUUUUUAAAAAAUUUUUUUGCCUUUCUUCUCCUCCAUUUUUUUUUCAUACAGUCCCUCUAUCUCCCCAUCUCCAUAAAUCAGAAAAAAAGAUACAGUAAGAUCUGGCAAAAUGACUGGCAGAAGAAGACGACGUCGUUGGAUUUGACGCGGUUCAUUGGUCACGACGAAUAUUGCGUCACGGCUACAUGGGCUUUGUCUUGGGUGGAAAAAAGUAGGAAAGGCCCCGUUUCCGGUCACAUGCCUUCACCUGCUGCUGUCCAGUCUGGUCCAAUUACCUGAAUCGGGGUUUACGGUGACUGACCACGGCAAAAACUUUGGAAGAGUGGAGAAGAGGUGCCGAAAGGGACAAGGGCAAAAGUGGUCGGCCGACACCUGUCCAAUGACUUCCGCCACACACUCAGGUACUUGAGCAAGCAAGUCCUGUGGUGUGGUCUGUUGGUAGCGUCUACCUUUGAUUAGAGUAGCUCGACUCUUUGAAAAGGUGCCUUUUGGUUUUCCGCGACCUAAAAAAACCCAAAAUCUAAGAAAAUCUUACUGUAACGCCUACUGCGCCUUUGAAUUCUUAUUAAGGGUUCUUUUAAGAAAAAAAAAAUGAGGUGAUAUUCAUUUGGUAACCUUUACCUGGAAGUCUUAAAAGCCUCUCGAUUCUUUAUCAAAAAUCUCGCUUCUAAGCUCAAGAUGGCUAAAAUAUAAGAAAUUCAGACUGUAACGCCUACUGACGCCUUUAAACUCUUGUUAAGAGUCCUUUCGAGCCGAAAAAAAAAAUCUCAGGAUCAGAUGAACCUACUCAUUUGGUAACCUUCACCUCGGAUUCUAAAGUGCCCUUCAAUUUUCAUUCGAAAAUUUCCGUUUUCAGGCCCAAAACAUAGGUGAUUCAAACUAGAUCUUUUCAAAAUCUUGCUUAUUUUUUCUUUGAGCGAGCGGAGUCCUUGAAAAGCCGACCAUUAUUGAAAACUAUCCAAAAUUUUCAAUUGGUUCAAUAAGUCUAUUUUAAAGCUAAACUAGCUCAGAUUUCAAUUCAAUUCAAUAAAUUUAUUUUUCGCAACAUCGGGAUGGUAUGGUGAUGUUGCAGGAAGGGAAAAAGACCACUAGGUGGGUUAACUAACCCCACCCUGAAGAAAAAAAAGUUUUUCGUGCGAGAAAAGAAACAUAGAACCAUAAUAAGUAGAUAUUUAAAACCAAGUUGAUCAUGGCACAAAUCUGUGAACACUUGAAAGAAUAUGCUCGACGCCAACAUUUUCUGCAUACACUAAAAAAAAUGUUCUUAGAUUUUUUCUUGUCUUCCUCUGCCAAUAAUUCAUGGUCAAUGUCGUUUCAAACAUUAGUAAUGCGAUGUGAUAAGAAAUUGAAGAAAACCAGUGAAGGUUUCGUUUUUAUUAAUUUACAACCAUUUCCUCUGAGCUGACUGGGACUUGGAUAAUAAUCUAUAGAAUUUUUUUACUUUAAUUCUUCUCAAACUUGUAAAUUUUCCAGAAUCUUAGGUUCUGAUGUGGUUGGUUCGAUCUAGAAUAAUCUAGAUUUGCCAUUUCUCCUUUCAUAUUUUUUUUUGGAGAUUUUCAAAAUAUCAGAGCGAUAAAGUUUUCUCAGUGAAAGUAUCCUUCAGAGUUCAACUCCAAUUCAGACCUUCUUCCGAUCUUUUUCUCAGAUUUCAGAACACCAUUGUUGCUUCGUAUCGACUCCAAAAGUGGAGCCAUAUUUCACUUGGCAAAAGUCAUCUUUGUGACUUUUCGAAGGCAAAUUCGACAAAUGGCGCUGGGCCUGACUCGACACGUGUUCCUUUUGUUUCUGCGUCCGUCCGGCGUCGUGAUGAAAUAUCGAAUGGCCCUCGUUGGGAAGACAAACGGAGGGCCAAGCACUGACAACGGUUUGGCGCAUUUGCCAGAAGUUGAAGCUGAGAAAUGGCUUUUUUGGGAGUUAAAAGUGAGAAAUGGUUUGUCGAAGUUUGAAGCUAAAAAAUGGGGCGUUCUAAAGUCGAAAUGGAGAAUGGGUAGUUCAGAAGAUUAGGCUUUAAUCUGAAGCUGAAAAUCGUCUUUUUUAGAUUUUUGGGGUGAAGAAUGGCUCUUCUAGAAGUCUCCAGAGUUGCUCCGGAGUUUUAGAAUUGGCAGGUUAGGUUAAUGGAGCCUUUCAGAAACUGGUAGGGCACUUUGAAGUUGUUGUUCCUUCUUGGAACUUCAGAAAACUAUGAAAAACUCGUCAAAAUCAUGAUUUUGGCCUCGAAAUUGGACUUUUUCUCGCCUAACGAAGCUUAGGAACGGUUUUUCUCAAAGUUACUGGACUUCAGGACUAAUCUGAAGCUUCAUACUUUACAUAUUAGGUCUUGAAGUGAAAGUGGGUUUUUUUGAAGCUGGCCGGUCUUCCACUUACGGUGGAGGUCAUUUUACUUUGCGGCUGGGAAUUUUCCGAAAAUUGGUCAGGACCCUUCCUAAAGAACCAGAAGAAGAGUCUCAACCUGCACAACUUCCUAGCUUCCGAGAAAUAAGGGCCCAAAGCCUCAAAAUAGCCUAUUUUUAUGGAUUUCGAGGGUUUCCUUUGACUUUGAGGCGUCUUUUCUCAAAAACUAGGAAGUUCUGCAGGUUGAGGCUUUCAGAGUCUUCUUCUGGUACAUUAAGAAGCGUUCUGGCCAAUUUUCAGGGAAUUUCCAAUCUUGUUAGUUCUUCAAUUCGAACCUCCUUCUAGUGGAAGACUUCAAAAAGCUUGUCAAACUUGUGAUCCAAACCCAAGUUAUUCGCUCGCAGAAUACAAAAGCUCCAAAGACUGUUUAUCAAGAAAGAAAAUGUGUGACCUUGACAUUGGAUCUGAAUAAGCCAGAUACACCUGGAAGCUCUCAAGUUUUCCAGAUGCCUUCAAGUGUUGGGGGUCCUUUGUGUCCAAGGCGGCGGCACACGUGCUUCCUGUGGUGGGCUCCGUCGAGCCCUACAUAUGUACAUACUUUCCAGCAGUCCACCACACGUGGCUGGUGCACAUGUCGGCGAGCUCAUCUGUGUCGCAGCUGCCCGUAAAUUCCACUUGUCGGUUUUGCCGGUUUUUUACGCCGAGGCCAACGACGACGGCAAGAAUCGCCUGACAGCCGGACCUCAUCUGGCGGGAAGUGGAGGUUGA